AUGCGUUCCGUUGCCUUCAACUCCCUCCGGGGUCUAUCCCGGGCCGGCUCCCGCUUCCAGCCCGCUACCCUUCCCCGUGUUGCGGCUGCUGCCCGUGCCUAUUCUACUCCUGCUGCCGAGAACCAGUAUGAGUUCAUCCAGGUCUCCGAGCCCCGUCCGGGUGUCGGUCAAGUAACACUCUCCCGUCCCAAAGCCCUCAACGCGCUCUGCACCCCUUUGAUCAGCGAACUCAACACCGCCCUCCUCUCCCUGCAAUCCUCCCCCACCAUCCGCUCCAUCCUGCUCACGGGCUCGGAGCGCGCCUUCGCCGCCGGCGCCGACAUCAAAGAAAUGGCCCCCCUCACCUUCUCCAAGGCCUAUUUGGAGUCUUUCAUCGAGUCCUGGUCCAACCUAACUUUCACCACAAAAAAGCCCAUCAUCGCCGCCGUCUCCGGACACGCUCUCGGCGGUGGCUGCGAGCUCGCUUUGAUGGCCGACAUCAUCUACUGCACCAAGACGGCCAACUUUGGCCAGCCCGAGAUCAAGCUGGGCACGAUCCCCGGUGCGGGCGGGUCGCAGAGGCUGACCAGGGCGGUGGGGAAGAGUAAGGCUAUGGAGCUGAUUCUCACGGGCAAGAGUUUUUCUGGUGAGGAGGCGGAGAGGUGGGGAGUGGCUGCUAGGGCGUUUGGUUCCUAUGAGGAGUUGAUGGAGGCGUCCUUGAAGACGGCGGAGGUCAUUGCUGGGUACUCAAAGGUGGCCGUGCAGGCGGCUAAGGAGGUGGUUAAUAAGUCCCAGGAGGUCGGGCUGAGGGAUGGUGUUGAGUAUGAGAGAAGGGUGUUCCAUAGUUUGUUUGGAAGCCAGGAUCAGAAGAUUGGCAUGAAGGCUUUUGCGGAGAAGGGCAAGGCUAAGUGGGUUGAUGAGUAA